UAAAUAGUCAUUUCCAAAGUUUUGGAACGUUGAAACUCUAAAAGUGUUAAAAAAUAUUUCAGAAAACGUGUAUUUCUUUAUUCUAAAAAGUGAUAAUUUCUCCCGUCUGACGUAGACAUAUCGGAAAGACGAUUAACAAACUAUGCAAAGUGUUUAUAAAAUGUAAACAUUAAUCGCUAACCAGUAAAAAAACAUUUACUUGUACAUAUUUUAAGAACGUUCUUUUAACGACUCGCAGCAUUAUGUAUCAUGUAUUAGUGUUAUGCCUUUUUAUUAAAUGCAUUACUUGUAAUCCCCAAGUUGGACCAGAUCCAUGGGAUGACCUUAAUGUAAAUAAGAAUAUUUUAGAGGAUGACGACUUACCACCAGAUUUAAAAAUACCUAAACAAAUAGCAAAAUUUAAACCUGAACCUAACCAAUGCAUGAGUGAUUGGUUUUAUAAGCGAUUACUAGCAAUAAUUUUAAAAGGUGGACAGAGAAAGGAAAAUGAAGAUGAUACAAUAGAUAUAUCUCUACAAAUGAAAUUCAGUCUAGAGCAAUUUAAUAGCCUUGAUGAAUACAUUUUAUCGAACAAUGCUCUUUCUGAAAAUAUGUUAAGGAGAUCCAUAGGACAUAUAGAAGGAUCCAUAUAUAAACCAACAAUUACUGAAAGAAUAGCCAUGGCUUGGAGUGAAUAUGUCUAUACAUAUAUUAUAGAAUAUAAAGACUACAUAACAUGGAGCCUAACAAUAGCUGCAAUGGUUGCUGCUACAUGUUGGUUAUGGCAUUAUGUGUCAUACAAGCACAUGUUAAUAUUUUUGGGAGUAGCACUAUAUUUAUAUGAAGUCUUUGUUUCAUAUAAAGAAGCUGAAAAGGUAGAAGUCAACCGAUUUAUAUCAGGCCUUAACUCAUGUAAGUGGCAGUUUUGGACGUCGGAAUGUGUAGUGUCUCCACCAGACCCAAUAGUUAUGUUAAAACAUAUGAACCCUUUGAAGAUAGCUGCAAGGAUGUUCACAACUAUUAUAUCAGAGCCUAUGAUCACAAUCAGUGCUACUGUUAAUACUAUAGUUUUAAGUAUCACAGAUGAUCUAAUGUAUCCAUUGAACAAGAUUGCACAAGUAAUAUUAGUAUUAAUAUUCAAUGCUAUGCUCAUAAUGUUACUUGUUGGCAUUGUAUUCAACUUCAUACUAAAUAUUCCGUUUCAAUUAAAUUUAUUUUACAUACUAAGUAUUGCCUUAAAACAGCGAAACGGAAAUGAACCUCCAAGGCAGACGGAACAGGUUCAGGCAGGGGAUCGAAUCACAAAUGAAACCUUAAAUAGAUUUUUAGAUUUGUGCUCCAAAGCGUUGACUGUUAGUCAAAAUAAUCAAAAUUUGCCCAUUACUAAUUCUAGUCAAAGUCAACCCGUUCAGGGUAUGAAAAGAUCAGCCAGCACUGGAAGGCUUCCUAGCAUUAAGUCUAGCUUUAAUCAGGAUUCAAUCAAAAGAAAGCAUGGUGGGAGUGGGGACGCAUCAUAAAAUUAGCAUUAUUUAGAAACGCCAUUAUUCAAACAGUUUUGGUGUAGGCCUGAGUAUUGUCAAGAAAAAUUUUGGUUAGAUUUAAAUCAAAGAUCACUUGGAUUUUCUUGAUAUUUCGAGUUUUCCGUAUUUUAGAAUAAAACCUCUACAAACUAAAUAACAUAAAUGCAAUGUAUAAAAUGGUUACCGAUACGGAGAAAGGGGAUAAAUUAAUUUUAGAACCGACUAAUUGACCGGUAUGAAUGCCGAAUGGGUAAUUAAUUAAUUGCAUAUUUGAGUUCGAUGACUAUUUAGACUUCUAAGCUAUGUCGAUAUUAUUUAUUUUUAAGUAUUUUCUAACUUAAACAGUUUAAAACUUCAUCAAAAUCCGUUCAGUAGUUAUUGAUGUAUAUAUAUCACCGUAAAAUUGUAAAAACCGUUAGAUUGUAAUCUAUCUCGCGAGAUUGUAAACUGUCGAAAUAUUAUGAACCUCAA